AUGGCGGAGGGCGGCUUCGCCUACUUCAGGUCCUCGGACGUGACGCUGCAGGUGAAGCUGCUCGUCCAGCAGCUUCACGGCUCGGUCCCUGCAAUGUGUGCCUCGCAUCCGCCGCUCAGCUAUGCUGCGUGGCUGGCGGGCGCGUGCGGAGUCGCGCCGCACGACCUGCACAUCUCAGCUCAGCUCCUAGUCCACGGGAUGCCUCUCGGCCAGCCGGAGCGUACCUACUCGGCCGCUGGCUCCAAGCUCCGCUGGAACGAGUGGCUCUCCUUCACCGCCAAAUAUUGCGACCUCUCCGCCGACGCGGCGCUGCGGAUCUCGGUCUACGGCACCGCGGGCCCGCGCGAGCCGGUGCUCAUCGGCACUGCGACGGCCAAGCUCUUCGACGCCGCCUCUCGCCUUCGCGAGGGCGAGUUGCAGCUCGCCCUCCGACUCGUGCCCCGGUUCGCAAGCGGAGACGGCAGCAGCGAUCCGGCCGGGGAGGAGGCGGGCGAGGAGGGCCGCGUCCGGAGCAAGGACGAGGCCGCCCUCUCGCGAGGCUCCGAGCUGGCGUGGCUUGACAAGCCAACCUACCAGCUGAUCGAGGCGCGCCAGCUGGCGCUGCACGGGCGCCUCUCGCGCCACCUCCUCUCGAUCCGCCUCCCCGAUUUCGAGCACCCUGUGCUGCUGCACGAGCGCUCUGCUGCGCUCCCUCCGCCCUUCCUGCAGCCGCCGCCGCCGCGGCCUCGCGCGCUCGCCCAGCCGCCGAGGCUUCCUCCUCGCGCCUCCACGCCCGAGCGGGCGGCGGCGGCGGCCGACAGCCCAGCGACGCCGUCGAGCUUGCCUGCCAGGCCCUCGGAGGCGCGAGGCUUGCUCCGCGGCACGCCCAUGACACGUCCACGACACGUCCAUGACAUGUCCAUGACACGUUCGAGCCAUGGCCACACAGGCUUGCUCUGCGACGGCGAGGUCGGGCGCGACUCGCCCGCCCUCGCGCGGCACCACCGACUCGCGCGCUCGCUGCUCUCGGCCGGAUUCGCGCGUGAGCUCAAGCCGGACUCGGAGGAGCGGCGCCGGCUCGCGACACUCGUCGCCCUUCCUCCGACCACCAGGCUGCGCGACGAGGAGCGCGAGCUCGUCUGGAAGUUCCGGUACGCGCUGACGGAGCAGCCCCGCGCCCUCACCAAGCUGCUCAAGUGCGUCGACUGGUCGGACCCGCGGGAGGCGGCCCACGCGCGACAGAUCGCGAGCCAGUGGGCGCCCGCUGAAGUCGGCGAUCUGCUCGAGCUGCUCGGCGCGAGAUGCAGCCGAGAUGUAUGCGAGAUACAGCCGAGGUCGUCGGUUGCUCGAGCCGCUCGGUGCUCCCUCGCGCUUGUGCGAUGCAGCCCUGGAGUGAGGGACGAGUGUGCCCCGCCAGGCCCCUCCUUCGUCUCGGCGCCGGCGUGGGUCCGCCAGUGCGCGGUCGACGGGCUGCGGCUGCGCGCCAGCGACGAGCAGCUCGUCGCCUACUUGCUCCCCCUCGUGCAGGCGGUGCAGUACGAGGCACGCCUGCCUCUCCCGCCCGACGAGGCGCCGCUCGGAGCCCUCCUCGUCUCCCGCGCGGUCGCAUCCGUCCAGCGCGCCGCCGCCGCCGCCCCGGCCGCCGCGCCGCCGCCGCCUCCUCAGCCUCCGCCGACGGGUCGGGCUGGGAGCGGCGGCUUGGGCGAGGUUGGGACGGCGCUGCUCGGUGGCUUGUCGCAUGCCGUGCGCGGAUCGAUCGGGGGCGCCGCGCCGCCAGCUGCGCCCGCGCCGCCUGCUGCUGCUGCAGGCAUCGCCGAGUCGCGGAGAGAGCGCUGUUCGCCGCACGCACCGAGAUUCGCCGGCAGCACUCUCGCAGGCGGCGGCUUCUCGGAGCUGGCCAUCUCGCUGCACUGGUACAUCUCCCUCGAGCGGCGCGACCCGAGGCACGGGCCGCACUACGCCGCGGUGUACGACGCGUUGCACGUCGGUCUCGCCGCCACGCCCGCGGGGGCCGCUCUGCGGUCGAUGCUGCGCCGGCAAGAGGCGCUCGUCGGCGCCCUCUCCGCCGCCGCGCAGGCGCUCAAGGCGGCGGGCGAGUCGCGGCCGAAGCGGAUCGCGCGGCUGCAAGCCAUGUUCGAGAAGGACGCCGGCCCGCUCGCGCCGCUCCGCUCGCUCGACGCGCCGCUCAUCCUGCCCCUCGACCCGACCGCGGCGGUGGUCGGCGCUCUGCCCGAGCGCUCCACCGUCUUCAAGUCGGCUCUCUCGCCCAUCUCGGUCACCUUCCGCGCGCUCCUGCGCCCGCCCGCUGGCAGCGGCGGCGGCGCCUCCUCCUCAACCUCCUCCGACGGCGGCGGGGGCGGCUCGUACGCAAUCAUCUUCAAGAGCGGCGACGAUUUGCGCCAGGACCAGAUGGUGCUGGCGAUGCUGCGGCUGAUGGACUCGCUGCUGCGCGCGCAGGGGCUCGACUUGCAGCUGACUGCGUACCGCGUGCUCGCGACGGCGCCCUCCGAGGGGAUGGUGGAGCGAGUGGCGGCUUGCGCGCCGCUCGCGGACAUCCUCAAGGAGCAGCGGGGCGACAUCCGCCGCUUCCUCGCGCAGUUCCACCCGGACAGCUCCGCGCCGUACGGCAUCGCGCCUGCGGUGCUCGAGCGGUUCGUCAAGUCGUGCGCAGGCUACUGCGUCGCCAUGUACUUGAUGGGCGUGGGCGACCGGCACCUCGACAACCUCAUGCUCCGCACCGACGGCGCGCUCUUCCACAUCGACUUUGGCUAUAUCCUCGGCCGCGACCCGAAGCCCUUCCCGCCGCCGAUGAAGCUGUGCAAGGAGAUGGUCGAGGCGAUGGGCGGCGCCGACUCGCGGCUCUACGAGCGGUUCCGCGUGCUUUGCUGCGAGGCGUUCAACAUCCUGCGCGCGUCGUCGAACCUCAUCCUCAACCUGCUGCUGCUGAUGGUCGACGCCGGCGUCGCCGACCUCAAGACGGAGCAGGACGUGCUCAAGGUGACGGAGAAGCUGCGGCUCGACCUCUCCGACGAGGAGGCGGCGCUCUACUUCCAGGAGCUCAUCUCGGAGAGCGUCUCCUCGCUCUUCCCGCAGAUCAACGAGACAAUACACCGGUGGGCGCAGUACUGGCGCUCCUGA